GAAAAAUGCGGGAUUUUAUUAAUAUGAACGUUGGCCUAAUUUCAAACUGCAUUAGUUUUCGCUACACAAAGUUUCACCUUAAAGAGAUAGACAACCGGGUCGAGGAAAGCAAGUGGGAAAAAAGAUUGUCGGCCAGAUCUUUUUAUAGGAAUCUCGCGUAUUAAUGAAAUCCCAUUUAACAGAGACGCUGGUGUCACGAUGAACCCACAGGAUGAGGAGCCAUCAAUCUCGAACAGUGCCGGUCCACCGCUAGUGCCUUCACUGCAUGCUUCAGAACCUAUGGUGAGAGGAGGCAAGCGAAAUUGGCCUUCAAGCUAUGACAAAGCGUAUGACAAACAGGCAUUUUGUUCAAGGUGCCAGGCUUACUCGGUCACAAUUGAAAAAGAUACACCCGGACGAGAAAAAGAAAGGAAGGUCAGGCAGUGUCUGAUUGUUUGCGCCGCUUUUGCCAGUCAUUUUUGGGUUUGUGCCUUUGCCUAUUCAAUUGGUGUAUACUUCGAGGAAUUUCUCCAUGUUUUCAAACAAAGUGCAGGCGCCACUGCAUGGGUUGGGUCACUGAAUUUUCGGAAUACUCUGUUUGUCAGGCCCAGUCAGCAGCAUCGUGUCAGAUCGUUUCAGUUGCCGAGCUGUUGUUAUGGUUGGUGGUCUCAUUGCCUGCGCAGGUCUUGUUCUCAGCGUUUUUGCUACCAGUAUUUCAUACCUCUAUGUUACAUUUGGCAUAUUAACAGGGUUUGGCUUUGGGCUCAGCUUCAACACCACCGUGUUCGUUGUGGGUCUUGCCUUUGAUCGCCACAGGAGCCUAGCUAUGGGGAUAAGUAUCUCGGGAGUAGGAGCUGGGAUGAUAGUGCAACCAUACCUGAUCGAGUAUCUGAUUCACUUUUAUGGAUGGAGAGGAUCCAUGCUGAUCCAGGCAGGCCUGAUGCUACAGAGCGUUGUUUGUGGUGCCCUCAUGAAACUUCCUACUGCCAAACAUAUAACAUGCCUGCCAGAAUGUGAAAAGGCUUCAAAUAUAAAACCCAAAAUCCUAGACUUGGGCAUAUUUGUCAAUUUCAAUUAUGUUGCUCUCACUGCCAAUAUAUUUCUCUUCUGUUUGGGGAUGUCUGUAGUUCUUGUUCAUUUACCACACGUUGCAGACACCUUGUCCUUUUCACACGACCAGAGUGCCCUUCUCAUCUCCAUUAUUGGAAUCACCAACACUAUAGGACGCACUUUAUCAGGUGUGGUAGGCAAUUUACAUUUCGUCAACGUCACCCUGUUAUACGGACUGUCCUAUGUGAUUGCUGGUUUGGCUACAUUAUUUUAUCCAGCUUCCAGUCACUAUGCAAUAAUGGUUAUUUGCUCUAUUAUCUAUGGAUUAUUCACUGCUCCAUUUGGAUCUUUGUUGCCCGAUGUUCUAGUACGCAUUGUUGGAAAACAUAGAAUGACUGCUGGCUACGGGAUGCUGAUGGUGCUUGGGGGCAUUGGGACAAUACUGGGGGCUCCUGUAGCAGGAUGGCUAUACGACGGUCUACACGACUACCAGCCAUCUUUUUACCUGGGUGGUGGGUCCCUUACACUCAGUGGACUGAUCAUGUUUAUUCCAUGGAAAUUUGAGGAUCAUUCAACAAAAAGUACUGAGAAAACCAGGGGAGAUGAAAAGACUAUUCUUGCGACACCGACAGAGAAGGUCUGUGCAGAUGAUGAGGUCGUGUCUGGUCAAAUAUCUUCGGUUUAGAUAUUUCCUUCGAUGAACACGAUGGGCGGCAAUAGAAAAGCGGUUCCCAUGCAAUACAAGAUAAGACAAAGCGUGAUUUAUGAGGUUGCGGUCACUGUCAGUAACAGUCAUUUUGAGGCAUUCGGUGGAUUUAUUCAUCUACCUUUAGUUAUGCUGUAAAGAAUGUAUAAUGCAAAAAAAUAUUUUUAUCUUUUUUCCAAGUUUCAAUUUUACAGCAUUAAGGUAACUUAAUUUAUCUAUUUUUAAUAUUAAGGAAAAUAGUUUUGUAUUAUUGUUGAAAAUAAACUUUUGUACUAUUGAAAUACUCAUAAAUAUUGUCAAAGUAACACAUCAUGCAGCUUUUAUGUGAUUUUUAUACAUUUAUAUCAUAAUGUUUAAACAAGCUGAAUGAUAUUAAAUAUAACAAUUAUUCAAAUACAUUAGAAAUAUAUAUAUAUUAUAUUAUCACUAGAUACAUAACUCGAAAAAAGUGAUAUUAUAUCUUACUUUGAAAAAGCAUGUUUAAACAUUUUAUGUGUAUUUGUUGAAGUUAAUUAUAAAUAAUGUAAUAAAUAAGAGGAAAUAACAAUAUCAAUUGUUCAUUUUGUACUGCUCUGUGUAGUACAUAAAUGAUGUGCCGAAUGAAUAUAUCAAAAGGCAGUGUUAAA